AUGUCGGAAGUUCAAACGGGUCACGAAAAGCCCCCGGUGUAUGAUACUAAGGAUGUCAACGAGUCGCCUCAUAGCGAUGUCGAGUCGGCGGAGGGUCAGAUCAACCCUCUCAAGAGGAAUCUUCAAAAUAGGCACAUGCAAAUGAUCGCCAUUGGUGGUGCUAUUGGAGCUGGUUUUUUUGUCAGUACUGGAGGUGCUUUGCGUACUGGUGGUCCAGGUGCUUUGCUUCUUUGCUACUGCAUCGUCGGUAUUAUGCUUCUGCAAACCAUGUGGGCGCUUGGAGAAUUGGCUGUCAUGUAUCCGGUUAACGGUGCUUACUUCGACUACAGUCUUCGUUUCAUCGACCCGUCAUGGGGAUUCGCCAUGGGUUGGGAUUAUGCCAUCAAUUGGCUUGUCAUUCUGCCUUUCGAACUCACUGCUGCUGGUAUCACCAUUAGAUUCUGGCGCGAUGAUCUAAACGUUGGUAUCUGGAUUGCAGUUUUCCUUGUGGUUCUAUCCGCUAUUCAGAUCUUUGGCGUGCGUGGUUAUGGUGAAGUGGAAUUUGUCCUCAGUAUCAUCAAAAUAACUGCUGUGAUCGGAUUUAUCAUUCUCGGAAUCGUGAUUGACUGCGGCGGUGCUCCCGUGGGCGGAUACAUCGGUGGUCAUUACUGGUUCGACCCUGGUGCUUUCACCGACUUUGUUGGUUUCUGCUCUGUCUUUACCACUGCUGCUUUUGCCUUCGGAGGUACAGAGAUGUCUGGUCUUGCUGCUGCCGAAACCGCGAACCCCGCCAAGUCAAUUCCCAAGGCUUGCAAACAGGUGUUCUGGCGUAUCACACUUUUCUACGUCGUUGGCACCCUCAUUGUCGGACUGAUUGUCCCGCACAAUGCUGACUAUCUGAUGAAAGCUAGUGGAGCCAACACCUCGUACUCGCCUUUCGUCGUUUCAAUCCAGAAUGCUGGUAUUAGUGGCUUGCCGUCAGUAAUGAAUGCUGUCAUCACCAUCUCAGUCAUCAGUGUCGCCAACUCUGCUACUUUUGGCUCUACGCGUACCAUUCAGGCCAUGGCAGAGAAGGGAAUGGCGCCGAAAUUCUUCGGCUAUGUCGACAAGCACGGUCGUCCUAUCUGGUGUGUCGUGCUACAGAUCGCAUUUGGUUUCCUCGCUUUCAUCAACGAAGCCUCCGACACUGGUGGCCAGAUUUUCACCUGGCUUUUGGCGCUAUCUGGUAUCUCCAACUUCUUUGUCUGGGGCUCAGUAUGCCUUGCACACAUUCGUUUCCGCGCUGCGUGGAAACACAACGGUCGCAGUAUUGACGAAUUGGCCUACGUUGCGCCUUGGGGAGUUUACGGUAGCUAUCUUGGUCUCGGACUUAACAUCCUCUGUCUGAUCGCCGAGUUUUACGUCUCCGUUCAGCCAUUGGAUGUUCAGAACUUCUUUGAGAACUAUCUUGCUGCACCUCUUGUCAUCGCCCUAUACGUGGGAUGGAAGAUUUACCAGUCCAUUACUAAAAACCCCGAAGUUGAGAAGCGUGGCUGGAAGCUGUGGAGAUCAGUUGAGGAGAUCGACGUGUUCACUGGAAUUCGUGACACGGCUCUUGAUGUUGGCAUCGAGCCUCGUGUCAAGUACGAGACCUGGGGCGCCUGGGCCAAGGCCCUGCCCAAGAGAUUGCUACGCUCAAUCGUUUGA